AUUGAAAGAAAAGUUACUUUCUUGGAAAUCUCUUAUGAUAAGUCAGAAACGUCAAAAGAAAAAAAGUAAAAAAUGUCAUCUGUAAAAGUCGCAGUUCGUGUGCGACCCUUCAAUACUCGAGAAAUUAUUCGUGAGUCAAAAUGUAUCAUUGAAAUGUCCGGAAAUGUGACGGCAAUAACAAACCCGAAAGUUCCACAAGGGACAGCAGAUUCUGUCAAAAGAUUUCACUUUGAUUAUUCCUAUUGGUCACAUGAUCCGGAUGACCCCGAAUUUUCAACUCAAGAAAUGGUGUAUGCUGACAUUGGGGAAGAAAUGCUUCAACAUUCUUUUGACGGAUACAAUGUUUGCAUAUUCGCAUAUGGCCAAACUGGAGCUGGAAAAUCAUAUACAAUGAUGGGAAAGCAAGAGAAAGGACAAGAAGGAAUCAUUCCAAUUAUUUGUGAAGAUCUAUUCAAUCGUAUUCGUUCUACGGAAUCAAAUUCUUUGAGUUACUCCGUAGAAGUGUCGUAUAUGGAAAUUUAUUGUGAACGUGUCAGAGACUUAUUAAAUCCAAAGAAUAAAGGAAAUUUACGAGUUCGUGAACAUCCGGCUUUAGGUCCAUACGUUGAAGAUUUAUCAAAGCUUGCAGUAACCUCUUAUCAAGAUAUUUAUGAUUUAAUUGAUGAAGGCAACAAAGCAAGAACCGUUGCUGCUACAAAUAUGAAUGAAACUAGCUCCAGAUCUCAUGCUGUUUUUACAAUAUUUUUUACGCAACAACGUCAAGAUGAAGCUACUUCUCUUGUAUGCGAGAAAGUUUCAAAGAUAAGUUUAGUUGAUUUAGCAGGAAGUGAAAGAGCAGAUAGUACCGGGGCAAAAGGAAUGAGACUUAAGGAAGGGGCCAAUAUAAAUAAAAGCUUAACAACACUUGGAAAAGUCAUUUCAGCUUUAGCAGAAAUUGUAUUGUUUAUAAAGUCGGUUUCAAAAUUAAAAAAGUCCAAAAAGUCUGAUUUCAUUCCUUACCGAGAUUCCGUAUUGACUUGGCUUCUACGAGAAAAUUUAGGUGGAAAUUCUAAGACUGCAAUGAUAGCUGCAAUCAGCCCUGCCGAUAUUAAUUAUGAUGAAACAUUGAGCACACUCAGAUAUGCCGAUCGUGCCAAACAAAUUGUAUGCAAGGCUAUUGUUAACGAAGAUGCCAAUGCGAAACUUAUCCGCGAACUUAAAGAAGAGAUUCAAAAACUUCGCGAACUUUUAAAAAGUGAAGGAAUUGAGAUGAAAGAAGGAUCUGAUGGAAAAAUCGUUUAUACAAAAAGAAAUUCCACAACACAAGAUGGUUUUAAAGAUGCUAGCAACAAUGACAAUGGUGACAAAGAUGAUAUUGUUCCUUCAAAAAGUUGUAAUCGAACAGCUUCAAGCACAGAAAUGGCAGGUGACCAGCUUCAAGCAAGUGAAAAACUUAUUAGAGAACUAAACGAGACUUGGGAGCAAAAACUGAUAAGAACUGAAGAAAUUCGCCAGCAGCGUGAGGCUGUGUUUGCUGAAAUGGGUGUUGCAGUAAAAGAAGACGGAAUAACGGUCGGAGUGUUUAGUCCUAAAAAAACUCCACAUUUAGUAAAUUUGAAUGAAGAUCCAACCUUAUCUGAAUGCUUAUUGUAUUACAUCAAAGACGGAUUAACUCGUUUGGGAACAUCUGAAGCAAAUCUGCCGCAAGAUAUUCAAUUAUCUGGUUCGCACAUUCUUAAAGAACACUGCAUUUUCGAAAAUCAAAAGGGAAUCGUUACAAUGACUCCUGCAAAAGAUGCUAUGGUUUAUUGUAAUGGACGCAAAGUGACAAGGCCUGAAAUAAUGUCAUCUGGGUCUCGAGUUAUUCUUGGAAAAAAUCAUGUGUUUAGAUUCACACAUCCAGAACAAGCUCGUGAGAAACGAGAAAAACAACUGGAAAUCAAAGCAUCUGAAGUUGAAGCUAAAACUGAGAUCGUUGAUUGGAAUUUUGCUAAGUGUGAGUUGUUAGAGAAGCAAGGUAUAGACUUAAAGAAGGAAAUGGAAAAGCGUUUGGUGCUUUUAGAAGAACAAUUUAAACGUGAAAAACAGCAAGCUGAUGAACAAUUUGAAGAGCAGAAAAAAUCCUACGAAGCUCGUAUCGACGCACUUCAGAAACAAGUUGAUGAGCAGUCAAUGACGAUGUCAAUGUACAGUAGUUACAGUCCUGAAGAUUUCACUCGUGAAGAAAACCAGAUAUUUGGUAACCCACUCUUUGAAACAUGUUGGAGUGAACGUCAGGCUGGUCUUGUGGCGUGGGCUUUUAAGAAAUGGAGAUAUCAUCAGUUUACAUCAUUACGUGAUGAUUUAUGGGGAAAUGCAAUAUUUUUGAAAGAAGCAAACGCAAUUUCUGUGGAGUUAAAAAAGAAAGUUCAAUUUCAAUUUGCUUUACUUACGGACACACUUUACUCGCCACUUCCUCCAGAUUUGAAACCAGUGUCAAUGAACACAUUUUCUAGUGGAAGUGAAAAUGAUGCUGAAACAUACGACAUAGCACCUUCUCGAACAAUCGUAGCUGUUGAAGUUACCGACACCAAAAAUGGUGCGACACAUUAUUGGCCUCUUGAAAAGUUACGCUUUCGUCUUGAGUUGAUGCGUCAAUUUUACAACACUGCUGAGAGUCCUGAAGUACCGAUUUUUCUUUUACCAAAUAAAUCGUCAUGUGUUACACUUGGUGACCCAGCAAUCAAAUCUACGCCUUCAUACGAACAGGCGACAAACAGUAGCAAGAAUACAGCAAGACUUUCAUUGACCAAUCUUUUACCUUCUAGUCAACGGUUGGAGUUAAUGCGAGAAAUGUAUCACAAUGAAGCUGAACUAUCACCGACAUCGCCUGAUUACAAUAUCGAAUCUUUGACUGGUGGUGAUCCAUUUUAUGAUCGUUUUCCAUGGUUUCGAAUGGUUGGACGAUCAUUUAUUUAUCUCAGUAAUCUGCUGUAUCCCGUACCUUUGGUACACAAAGUUGUGAUUGUUAAUGAACGUGGUGAUGUCCGGGGAUGCAUUCGAGUUGCUGUCCAACCAGUGUUGGAAGAAGAAAAUGUUGAUUUCAAUAAUGGUGUUAAGAAGUCGGCAAGGAUUCUCUUUGAUGAAAAAAACAUAACUAAUUUUUCAAAACAUAAAUAUCGCUUAAAUGCUCAAAAAAAAGACGAUAAAUUAUCUGAAUGUGGGGAAAGUAUAAAAAUUGAUGAAAAUGAAUUGGAAGAUGCUGACUCGGGUCGUGAUGACUCAAGUGCGGCUUCUGAAAUGCACAACAACCAAGAAGAACAUCAAGGUGAUCAUUUAGUGAUAGGGUCUGAAUUCACAUUUCGAGUUACUGUUCUACAAGUUUCGGAUAUCGCUUCUCAGUAUUCUGACAUCUUCUGCCAAUUUAAUUUCAUGCAUCGCCAUGAAGAAGCUUUUAGCACAGAGCCGAUAAAAAAUGCAGGCGUUCCUUUAGGAUUUUAUCAUGUUCAAAACAUAACUGUUCCAGUCACAAAAUCAUUCAUUGAAUAUUUGAAAACACAGCCGAUUAUGUUUAAAGUGUUUGGUCAUUACCAACAUCAUCCCUUACAUAAAGAUGCAAAACAAGACACAGUCACUCGACCUCCACCACGACGAAUGUUUCCUCCUAGUAUACCCAUAAGUCAUCCAGUAAGAAGUCCAAAAUUUGAUCCAUUACCAUGUCCACCGUCGUCUACAGUUUUGGCAAAGCAUGAUGUUCUUGUCUGGUUUGAAAUUUGUGAGCUUGCACAAAAUGGUGAAUAUGUUCCUUCAGCUGUUGAGCAUAGUGACGAUUUACCAUGCCGUGGAAUGUUUCUUCUUCAUCAAGGAAUUCAACGACGUAUACGAAUAACAAUAUUUCAUGAGAGAACUCCUGAAAUUAAAUGGAAAGAUAUCAAGGAAGUUGUUGUUGGAAGAAUCAGAAAUACCCCAGAGCCAACUGAUAACUUCGACGAUGCAGAUUCUUGUGUAUUAUCUUUAGGACUGUUUCCUGGCGAACCUUUAACGAUUCCAGGUGACGAGAGAGAUUUCUUCAGAUUUGAAGCUGCUUGGGAUUCUAGCUUACACAAUUCCGCUUUAUUAAACAGAGUUUCGCAAACAGGAGAGUCAGUUUAUAUUACAUUAAGUGCUUACUUAGAGCUGGAAAAUUGUACACGUCCAGCCAUCAUAACUAAGGAUUUAAGCAUGAUAAUUUAUGGACGAGAUGCACGUAUAGGGCCGAGAUCAUUGAAACAUCUUUUUUCGGGAAAUUAUCGCAAUCCUGAGGCCAAUCGUUUAACUGGUGUUUAUGAACUCUCACUCAGACGAGCUUCUGAAGCAGGUAGUCCAGGUGUACAACGACGUCAACGGCGUGUUCUCGACACGAGCACGACAUAUGUUCGUGGAGAAGAAAAUCUUGACGGCUGGCGGCCAAGGGGUGAUUCAUUAAUUUUUGAUCAUCAAUGGGAACUUGAGAAGCUAACACGUUUAGAAGAAGUUGGUCGCGUAAGACAUCUUCUGUUGCUGCGAGAACGAUUGGGAAUGGAUAUAUUCCCUAACCCUACAACAAAAAUAGAAAAAGACGUUUGUAACUUAGCUGCCAGGGCUAAUCAAUCGCCUGUUCAUAACAUGAUGAUUCCACAAUCGCCACCGGCAUCAUUUAAGAAAAUUGAUGAAGAACAUGCAUAUACUCAGAAAGAACAGACACUCCUUAAACAAUGUAUAAGAUUGAUUCAAGAACGCAUUGGAGAGAAAAAUGUAACUCAUGAAACGGUCGACGAAACAGCCAAAUUACUGGUUGAAGACAGUUCUCCUGAUUUGACAGCUCAUUUUACAUCUGACCUUGUUUCACCGCAAGGAUAUCUUGAUAUUCCAAAUGGAUGGGAAGCUCCCACUCCUUCAAUACAUCAGGAAACUUCAUAUCGCUUAUUUGUUCCUGACCUUGAAGAAAUUCGAAUUAGCCCAAUUGUCGCCAGAAAAGGAUUUUUGAAUAUUCUAGAACACGGUGGUUCAGGAUGGAAAAAGCGUUGGGUUGUCGUAAGACGUCCUUAUGCUUUCAUUUACAGAUCUGAAAAAGACCCUGUUGAACGCGCAAUUAUGAAUUUGGGAACAGCGCAUGUUGAAUGUAGUGGAGAUCAAGCUGCAAUGGUAAAACUACCAAACACUUUCAGUGUCGUUACUAAAUACCGAGGCUACUUAUUGCAAACACUUUUCGACAAGGAAGUUCAUGAUUGGCUCUACGCUAUAAAUCCACUUUUAGCGGGUCAAAUCAAAUCUCGCUCUGCUCGUUCCAACAAAGGAUCAAAUGCAAAGGGACAGGAAAACUAAUUUUUAUACAAUAUAAUGGGCCAUCAUUUUAUAUAGAUAUUCAACAAUGCUUGCAUUAAUCAAAGCUCAAUGACUUUUUAAAUAUUAGGAUUAUAAAUUAAGUAUUUACUCUCAAAAUCAGCUUCAUGUAAAAAUAAAGUAAAAAAAUAUAUAAAAUUAAUAAUAUUAAUGAACAAAAAUGCUAAUUAUGCUAGAAAAGGUAUGUUGAAUACAUUCAAUCGUAUAAAAUAAAUAUCUGAGAGCUUACUCAUAAACGUUAAAUUAAGCAACUUAUUGAUUCUGCUUAGAAAAGGAUAUUUUUUUAUUUGUUAGAUAUUCUUUAUUGAUCAUGCUGAAAAAAGAGAUCUUUUUUCUUUUGAAAGAAAAAAGUUAUUGCACUGAAGGAAAUUAUUUUAAAAAACAGUAUCGAUAUACCUGUAACGUGAUUAAAAAUAACAUGCUUGCCUUCUUAAUUGUCUUUUUAAAGCUACAGUGGCAAUUUACAACUUUUAAUUUUAAAAAGCGCAUAAAAAGUUUACUCGCUAACAAAGAUAAAGAAAUAAAAGGGACAAAGCAGUAAUAAUUUUUUUUUAAACUUUGUUGGUUGUGGUUGAAGAACCUUUGGCUUCACGUAUUUAAAUACAUACAGAUUAUAAAUUAUUAUUUUUAAAUUUUAUGUUAUCUAACAAAAAAUUAAUAAGUUCACCCUUAAAGUCAGUAUAAAAUAUCUGUUGCAAACACUGAAAAGGGAGAAAAAUUAAUUAAAUUGACAGACAUCGAGAUUUUUAUCUAUAAAAAUUUUAUUUUUUUAAUGCAAACCGACAGAGAGAUGUCAGCAAAGACAAAAAAGAACUUAAAUAUUAAUGAAGAGACAUAUAUUCAAAAUAAAUUAAAAAAUGUUGAAAAUUAAUAAAAAUACGUAUACAUAGUUAGAUGUAGAUAUCAAAAUCAAUAUUGAGAUGAUAAUUAUUAUAAAUUUCAUGUAUUUAUGUAUAUUAAUGAACCAAUGCAUCAAAACGAGUAAUGUUCAUAUAAAUAUAUCUAGCCAUUCAAAUU